CGACAUGUGUCAGUUGCCAAAUGAUCUAUGGUCAAAUAAAAUUCACUCGAGCAUUUUCUAUAUCGAACAGUGAUUUGGUUGUUGCUUUUGAUAACAUUUUUGAUCAUUUUCCAUGUUUUAGUUAUGUUAUUGAGUAAAAUUUGUGAUAAUAAAGUGAUGCUUUGAGAUUAGCCGGUUUGCUAUUAGUGCCAGAAAUAUGGAGACCCCAUCUAUGGACACAAUUUACCAGGCUAUAAGUGCUUUGUAUGAUAACCCCAAUGCUAAUGAAAAAGAAAAAGCCUCCCGUUGGUUGGGAGAUGUACAAAAAUCCAUACAUUCUUGGAAAAUAGCUGACCAAUUAUUGCAGCAGAAAAAAGAUGUCCAGUCGUGUUACUUUGCGGCGCAGACUAUGCGUUCGAAAGUGCAGCACAAUCUGUCAGAAUUGCCAUCAGAAGCUGUAGUAUCACUGAGAGACUCCCUGGUGGCUCACUUGGAGCGCACGUCGCCAGACACGAGCUCGCCGAUCCUCACACAGUUGUGCCUGGCCCUCGCAGACCUAGCGCUGCAAAUGCCUUCAUGGCAGAACUGCAUAAGUGACUUAAUCAAAUGCUUUUGUAACAAAAAUGACUUUGCAUUAUUAGAAAUCUUAACAGUGUUACCUCAAGAAAUAGACUCAUCAAGCCUGAAACUGGGUGAGAACAGACGGGAAACUAUCAAAUCUGAAUUGAGAUCACAUUCUCAAGCAGUUAUUACAUUCUUGAAGGACAGUAUUGUUAGUUCUCAGAACACACAUGUAGCAUUGAAGAUAAUAAAGUGUAUGACGUCCUGGAUUCAAGUGAGAGCGGUGAACAUACAAGAGGUACCAAAUAAUGCAGUAAUUGGGUUCUGUAUGCAGGUUUUGCGAGAUCACAAUUCCAUUAAUACCUUACAUGAUGCAGCUUCGGACUGUAUAUGUGCAUUGUUGCACUGUUUAGAGGAUAAUAACAAUAAUGAAGAUGUUGAGAGGUUAUUAUUUGAGAGUGUCUCGGGCCUUGAGGAGAGCUAUCACAUGUCUGUGGCUCAUGAGGAAGAAGAGAAAGCUGCAAACUAUGCGAGAGUGUUUACGGAACUCGCAGAAACAUUUCUGGAGAAGAUAAUUUCGACAGCUAUGACUGGGAAUAUACAUUUUUCUAUUAGAUCACUGGAACUGGCUCUAGUCUGUGUAGGACAUCAUGAUUAUGAGGUGGCAGAAAUAACAUUCAACCUAUGGUAUAGAUUAUCGGAGGAUGUCUACCAGAAUGACUACCAACCGUUGACAGACACCUUCAAGCCUCACAUUGAACGGCUGAUUGAGGCACUUGCAAGGCACUGCCAGUGUGAACCAGACUUACCAAACUUGCCAGAUGAGGAUGAUGAGUUCUUUGAAUUCCGCAUGAAAGUGAUGGGCUUGAUCAAAGAUGUGGUGUUCAUAGUUGGCUCGAGCUCCGUGUUCAGACAGAUGUUCACCGCCCUUCAAGCGAACAUAUCCUGGGAGCAGACUGAGGCAGCUCUGUUUGUUAUGCAGUCUGUGGCCAAAAACAUAGUGCCUGAAGAAUACGAAUACGUGCCGAAAGUGGUGGAGGCAAUCCUGUCAAUGCCUGACAACACGCACAUCGCCGUUCGGAAGACUUGCAUCCUCCUCCUGGGCCAGCUGUGCGAGUGGAUAGAGCAGCACCCUUCGGGGCUGUUGCCGUCCUUGCAGUUCCUGGUGCGGGCGCUGCAGCGGCCGGAGCUGGCCUACGCUGCGGCCACGGCCUUGCAGAAUAUCUGUUCAGCGUGUCGGCGGCAGGCGUCUGCGCACGCGCCGCUGCUGCUGGAGGCGCAUCAGAUGUGCGACCGGCUGUCGCUGCCGCUGCCGCACGCCACCGCCCUCGCCCGCGCCACCGCCGCCACCAUCAGCACCCUGCCGCACCACCAGCUACAAGAAGCGAUGCGCGAAGCGACCGCGCUGCAGCUGCGCGGGCUGGAGGAGCUGCUGCAGUCGGAGCAGCCGCUGAGGAAGGGCACGCGCAGCGACCCCGUGGUGUGGCUGGACCGUCUGGCGGCCUUGUUCCGUGACGUCACACUGCCCACGGCCGCAGCCGCCGCCACGACAUCCGCGACCGCCCAUCCCUGUCUGCCCGCCGCCCUCGACGCCUGGCCCAAGCUGCACCAGGCCAUGAACAAAUACAUAUCGGAGUCGCGCGUGAUGGAGCGGCUGUGCCGCGCCGUGCGGUUCCUGCUGCGCUGCGUCGGCGUCGCGGCCGCGCCGCUGCUGCCCGACCUCGCGCUCGUGCUGCACCACGUCUACAGCCAACACCCCCACUCGUGCAUUCUGUACGUGGCCAGUAUACUAGUGGACGAGCUGGCGUCCAUCCCUGAGUGCCGCGCGCAGCUGGUGGCGCUGCUGCAGGCGCUGAUGCCGCGCGCCUUCCAGCUGCUGCAGCAGGAGAACGGCCUGAAGGACAACCCGGACACUGUCGACGACCUCUUCAGACUUUGUAUACGGUUCCUGCAGCGCACGCCGCUGGAGCUGCUGGCGCCGGGCGUGCUGGACGGCGUGCUGCGUUGUGCAGCGCUCGCCGCCAAGCUGGAUCACCGCGACGCCAACUCUUCCGUUAUGAAGUUCCUGCUCGACCUCGUGCGCGCCACUCACCAUCCGAACGAAACCGUCAGAGCGCUAGCGAACGAAGCGAUAGCGACGUACGGCGAGGAGAUGACGUGCAGCCUGGUGGAGGCGAGCGUGCUGCACCUGCACGCGUACAUGGUGUCGGAGGUGGCGGAGGUGCUGGUGGAGCUGGCGGCGUGGCAGCGCGCGCACGGACGCGACUGGCUGCGGCCGGCCGUGCUGGCGCUGCCGCGCGCCGGCGCCGGACACGCGCAGCCGCGCGACGCGCAGUGCUCUCACUUCCAUCACUACGCCAUCAGGUCAUCCGACACUCUUUACUAAAGUAUUUACCGCCAUCUAGUGCCAGGACAGAAAAAUGCAAAGAAAUGACUCGUCUUCUUCGCGACUUCGCUCGACUCUACCGAUAGAGGCUGACGGCGACAGGGUCCCAGAACAAGAUAUCUAAAUAACUAUAUAUUUCUGCUGCUUGCCCGUGCUUUUUUGGUGUGGACAGGACAUAAUGUACGUAAGUAUCGAGGAGCCACUUUAUAGAUUUUAAAAAGAAAACUUUUAGUUUUAGAAACGUGUCGAAAGUCAUUGUGUACCAGAAAUCCUGUAAUUUGUACAUCAACAAAUCCACAGUUUUGUCAAACUGGCUCCGCUAAACAUAUCUAGAUCUCAGAAAGUACUGAAGACCUCAAUGGUAAUAAGCUAAACGCAGUUAUGAAUACAGACAAAUAAAGUAUUGGACCCCAAACUAACAAUUUUUGCAUGCAAGGUACCUACAGAUAAACCUGACUUUACUGACUUGCUAGCACAGGGGGUCAGUUUUAUUUGCCCCCUACUGUACAUAUAUUUCUAUCUCAUUCAUUCGAUGCCUUCUCUUACUUACACGUUGAAAGGUUUACCUCGCAAUACAUAAGAGGUCGGGCCACGGACGAAAGAGAUAGCAAUAUACCUUGCAACAAAAAGUUUUUAGCAAUGCGGGCUUUAGUAUUAUUUAUUACCUGUAGCUUCAUGGAUAAAAGUAAAAGUAUCACGUCUUUACCCCUUACGGAGUAGACAGUGAACUGCCCAGAAACACGAAGGCCAUGCUCUAUAAUAGGGUCGUUGGUGGAAUUGAAAUUCUGAAAUAGUGACGGAUGGCCCCCUUUGAGAAUCUCCAUUUUAUAGUCCUUUCCCUUGAUUGACUUUUACAAUGCACGGGAUUAGAUUCAACUGGCAUAUCUUUUACGUUUUCUUCAUUUAUUGUCCCGAUCUAAAUAGACAUUAAUGUUAUGAUUUUAUAUUUUUCGUAAAAUAGUGAAAAAAUUGUGUUUUGUUAAAUUAUAAUAAGACGGGGUAUCCCAUCAAAUAAAUAGAUUAAAUUAUAUGAAUCUUAGAUUAUAAAAAAAAUAUAAAUAAAUGCUACUUUGUAGUCAGAAAAAAAUGUUUAGGUAUAUUGUAGCAGAGAUCUAAAAAUAACACAAGAAAUACAUAUUUUAUGUAGCCUGUUCUAUCAAGAGAUUAUAUAUAUUAUUAUUUGUGUCUCUUUAUAAGGUGUUAUAUAUUAUACAAUAUUAAUUCGUAUGUCCAACACAAUAAGGUUCCAAGUGGCAAUAAUCGACAGUACACAAUUGCCUUAUAAAAGGGUUGAGUUUUAUUCUAGUAAAAUAAAGGAUAUAACAUCUGAUUAUUGAAAAAUAAUGGCUAUAUUAGAUAACACGGGCAAGCAGUAAACAUCGUGGCUACCACGUAGCACGUCAUUGCGUCCACACGUUCUUUUUUUUUUUACACGAUACGCGGAAAAGAGACAGCAAUACAGCAUGUGGACGUUAGUAACGUGCUACGUUUGUUCCGUGGUAGACCUUCAGAAACGGAUCAAAUUAUGAAAUGAAUGCAUUUCGGUACCGAAGUAGCUAUAGUAACUUUCAAGCAAUACUUAAUGUAUCUUGACUUUCGAAUAUGAUUUAGCUAAUUUUGUCGUACAGGCUGGCAAGUGGAAGUUGUUCUAAAGUUUAGUUGCUUCAAGAUAGUCUUUAUAAGAAUAAAUCAAUUUGCUACAUCAUCAAAAUAUAAAACAGAAAUGUUACGAAAUAAUUUAUUAAUAAUUGACAUACGAAAUAAACAAUCAAAUUUAAACUAAAAUUAUUUAUUAUUUCAAAAAUAUCUGAAGACUGACAAGUCCGUUUUAUUUUGACAGCACCGUUUAUUCCGCUUAUUCACAAAAUGAGUUCUAGUUAAAUAAACAAUGUUUUGCUCCGUUCUAUCAACGUCAAUAUAUAUUCAUUGACAUGAUAAAUUAAAUAAAUCGCGAUGAGGAUUUCUGUUUAACCUUUUUUUAUGAAUAAGAGGGUAUUUACAAGACACAAUGUCCCUACAUUUGUCUCAUAUACCAAUGUCAUUAUGUUAUUAACAUAAUUUUGUCGCGAAAAUACUAGUCUGAAAUUAAUAAAUAUUUUAAAAUGUACACUAUUUACUCAACUUCCAUUUGCUUUCCCGCUCGGAGGUUAUUUUAAGACUACCCUCAGUUAGGUAAGUAUGGACCCUUUGUAUUGAUAAAAAUAUAUUUUGUUAUAUUAUACUCUCUUUCAUUUGAAUGUGAUAGCGUACGCAUUGAAUUGUAAAUAUUUAUUAAGUAUGUUUACUUUUAAA